AUAUUUGAAACAAGCAUGGGUGCACUUUUUUUUACUCUAUUUUAGUGGUAGCCAACAGGGCAUCCUGUGAGUUAAAAAAUCCCAAUUUAGUCCAUCAAAUACCUACCCAACACAGAGAAGGUUUGGGUAUUCUAUUUGAAUGAAAAACUGUCUGCGAAGUGGGCCGCCCUCAUAUGCGCUAUUAACAAUCAUUCCAUUCUUUUGUGCGGUGGAUCCACUUCUGCUCUUCAAACUACCCUUUCCUUCUUUCCUUCCUCUGACAUUGCAUAAAUUUAAGAUCAAUUGAAUAUUUCACCACUAUGCAAUGUUUAGGAAUCCUUGAUUGAUUUAUAAGACAAAUUUUGAAGGUGAAUUGGACGUUUCAUGGCCUGGGAGGUGAUCUUGUGGUUAAUUUCUUUUGUUCUCGUCAUUGCACUCCUCGGAAUCGUGGUAUACCAGCUUAUAUGUUUGUCAGACUUGGAAUUUGACUACAUUAAUCCUUAUGAUUCGUCAUCUCGAAUAAAUUGGCUUAUAAUACCAGAGUUUGUUAUUCAAGGUGGCCUUUGUUUGCUCUUCCUACUCACAUGGCAUUGGUUCAUGUUUCUAAUUACUGCACCACUUGUGUACUACCAUGUACAAUUGUAUAUGAAGAGGAAACAUCUAGUUGAUGUAACAGAAAUAUUUAACCUACUGAAUGGGGAAAAGAAAUAUCGCAUGAUUAAGCUUGCCUACUAUCUCAUCCUGUUCUUUAUUGCUAUUUACAGCCUUGUUGCAUCAGCUGUAAUUGCACUUAUAGAGGGUGACGAUGCCAGUUUGGAUGGAGGGACAUUUUGACACAACAGUUAAUCCAAACUAACUCUUUGUAUUCUGGAUUUCAUAUUAUCUCUCAAUUCGUUGAGUAAUUUGCAUUAUCUCGGGGAUCUGUGUAUUUGACAAUUUGUAAUGCAUCACAUAAUUUAUCUAGUCGUGUUUAAUGAAUUAUGAGUUAUAAACAGAAAGCUGAAGUUCAUCUCUGUACUCCUCUAGCUCUGGUAAAACCUGGAUAGAGUGAUUUAUCACCACAUGUUAGCCAUAAUAUUGGAGGAUGAUUAUGGACUCUUAUUUAAAUUCACCCUCAGUUUAAUUUCAAUUAUUUUCAAAGAACAAAACUAAAAUAAGGGUUCUCACAUGUACAGUUGUGACUUUCUUGUGAGGGAAUAAUUGUUUCCCUGUUGUGCUUCCUGUAGAUUUUUACAUUUACUAAAUGAUUUAUGCUCAAAGCUGUAAUAAUUUAGAAUUCUCUUGUUUUG